AUGGGUAAAACAAAAUAUUCAAGAGAACCUUAAGUGCCUACUAAAGCAGUAAAAGCUUCUGCAAAAGAUUUAAGAAUUCAUUUCAAGAACACCUAUGAAGUAGUUAACGCAAUUAAAGGAAUGAAUUUAAAUUUUGCUUAAAGAUAUCUUAAAGAUGUAUUAGAACGCAAAAGAUGUGUUCCAUUUGUAAGAUUUACAGGAUGUAUUGGUAGAACUGCUUAAGCAAAAGAAUUCGGCAGAACAUAAGGAAGAUGGCCUGUAAAAUCUGUAAAAGUUAUAUUGGGAUUAUUAGAUAACCUUGUAGCAAACGCAAGUGUAAUUUUAAAAUUUAAGUUAUAUCCUAAUAUUUAUUUUUAUAUUUAAAGUCUAAAAAUCUUAACUCUUCUAACUUAGUUUUAGCUCAUGGAUAAGUCAAUAAAGCUUAAAAAGGAAGAAGAAGAACUUAUAGAGCUCAUGGAAGAAUCGGACGUAUUUUAAUAAUUUUUUUAAUUUUUUAUUUUUUUAUUAUUAUAGCUUACUUGAAUUCUGGAUGUCAUGUUGAAAUUUUCGCAGUUGAAAAAGCCGCAUAAGUUAAAAAGGAAGCAAACAAAGAAGCUACUAAAAAAUUAACCAGAAAAUAAUAAUAAAAAAAUAAACUUGCAAUUGGAAAUUGAUAUGUUUUAUUAAUGAUUGCAAUUUUUCAUUUUAAAAAGUUUGAUAAUUUUAUUAUUUUAUUUAUUUUAGUUGUUUGAAUUUUUGUUGUUUUUAAUUAAUAUAAGUAAUAGAAAUA